CCCUUAUCUAUCUAUGGAGUUUGGAAGAAACUCAAGAAAGUAAAAAAAAAAACAGCCUCAGAACACAAAGAAGGAGAAGAGAGCCACAGAGUCAGAGAGAGAUGCUGGUGCUUGGUCAGUUUCAGAUAUCUUCGUUUGAGCUCUUCACAUCUCCAAAACAAUCAGGGUGUUCCUAUAGUUCAAGGAGUGUUCCUCUACCCAGAACUCGUUUUUAUUGUAAUUUAGGCAGGAGCUCUGAUUUCAGAGUUAUGGCUGAUAUGAGCGGCGAUAAAGGAACCAACAUUGAAAAACUUUAUCUGGGUAUGGAUUUUGGUACUUCUGGAGCUCGAUUUACAGUUAUUGAUGACCAAGGAGUGAUUAAAGCCGAAGGAAAAAGAGAAUAUCCUCCUUUCAUGAAAGAAGAGAGCAUGGAUUGGGUAAGCUCAUGGAAAGCAACUCUUUUUUCGCUGCUAGAGGACAUUCCGAUUACCAUUCGCUCCCUUGUCUCAUCUAUUUCGCUUGAUGGAACUUCCGCAACAACUCUCAUCUUAAACAGUGAAAAUGGGGAAGUUCUGUGUCAACCUUUUCUCUACAACCAGAGCUGUCCUGAUGCUCUGCCAGAGGUUAAGUUCUUAGCGCCAGAGAACCACACAGUCUGCUCUGGUUCUUCUACGUUGUGCAAACUUGUCUCAUGGUGGAACACUGAGGUGCCGAACAGAGAAUCAGCUGUAUUGCUGCAUCAGGCAGAUUGGUUGUUAUGGUUACUUCAUGGCAGACUCGGAGUGUCAGAUUACAAUAACGCCUUGAAGGUGGGCUAUGAUCCUGAGAGUGAAUCAUAUCCAUCAUGGUUGCUAAGUCAGCCUUAUUCUCAGUUAUUACCUAUGGUGCAAGCUCCUGGAACAUCAAUAGGCCUUCUGAAAGAAAGCCUCAUAAGACAAUUCGGAUUUCCGGAUGAUUGCAUUGUCUGCACCGGUACAACUGAUAGUAUAGCUGCAUUUCUUGCAGCACGUGCGACUGAACCUGGGAAAGCAGUAACUUCAUUGGGUUCAACCUUAGCCAUCAAACUUCUCAGCACCAAAAGAGUUGAUGAUGCGAGGUAUGGAGUCUACAGCCACCGCCUGGAUGACAAAUGGUUGGUCGGAGGAGCUUCCAACACUGGUGGAGCAGUUCUCAGACAGCUCUUUAGUGACGAACAGUUAGAAAGACUGAGCCAAGAAAUUAAUCCUAUGGUCGCAUCUUCUCUAGAUUACUAUCCUCUUCAAAGCAGUGGUGAAAGAUUUCCCAUAGCUGAUCCUAACUUGGCUCCAAGAUUACUUCCACGCCCAGAAAGCGACGUUGAAUACUUGCAUGGUAUAUUGGAAUCAAUCGCACGUAUUGAGGGGAAAGGCUACAAGUUGUUGAAAGAGUUGGGAGCAACGGAAGCCGAGGAAGUGUUCACAGCAGGAGGUGGAGCCAAGAAUGACAAGUGGAUAAAGAUAAGGCAGCGAGUUCUAGGUUUGCCUGUGAAAAAAGCUUUCCACACGGAAGCGUCCUAUGGAGCUUCUCUUCUUGCAUUGAAGGGCGCGAAACAGAACAGUGGUCUGUAAAACAGAACACAUUUUCAAGACCAGAAUAUGUGAACAAAGAAUUUGUGCAUAGAACACAUUUUCUUGUUAGUAUUCUUUGGCAUAUACCAAAUGGUUGUAUUGCAGUGUCUUGUUAUCGAACAUACAAAUUCUCAUGCAAUUUUGCUGUUUUAAACGUUACAAAACGAAUUAACGGUAUUUGUGUGAAA